AUGAGUGGUCCAAAGGUGUUGCUACGGCGUGUGUUGCACAUCAGCCCAACCAGCGUCGUCUUCACACCGAAGGACGGGGAGUCGCUGGACUUCCAAACAGUCAGUCAGGCGCCAACAGCACACCGCGGGCUGUUGCAGAAUAACGGCAUCAUGGCGAAGGUUAUGCUGUCGCUUUCACCCACUGUGGCGGAGGGUAUUCGCACACGCGAAGACCGCCUGCGGAUCUGGUGGUCGGUACUUCUUGGCAGUGGGCUCAUUGAGGCCGACACGACGAGUGUGACGGUGCCCGCGACGAUGAGCGACAGGAUGUGGCCAAUCAUGGACGAGGACGCCUUUGUGAAGCACAUGGCUAUCGCCGAGCAACAGCUGAAGGACGAAGCUGUUCAGGAGUGUCCGUUCGUCGUCCCUGUGCUGUCGGUACACCGGUUUCAGCAGAAGGACCACGGCGUCAAGGGCACUCUGGGCGUGAUAUACAUGCCUCAUUGCAGGCAGGACCUUCAGGGGUGGAGCGAGGGGCAGCUGGCACAGCACCCCGUUCCCGAGGCGACGCUUGGCACGCUUCUAAAUCACCUCGUGAUCGGGCUUCUCGCGGUGCGCUCGGUGAGCAGAAUAUGUCCCCCGUAUCUCAGCAUGGAGGACGUCCUUGUUGGUGAGAACGGCAACGGCGAUGGCGAGCCGACGUUCAUGCUGAACGCCACGGAGUACCAGCUACGGCAGCUGCCAGACCGCGCCAAUAGGCCGCUCAGCGCGUUUCCGUUCCUAGCGCCCGAGCUGGUGAGCCAGACGAGCAGGUCGCUCAGCCAUCCGAAAUACGAUGUGUGGGCCCUCGGCAUGGCGGUGUACCAGAUUGCCUGUGGCAUGCCCAGCAGUUUCAAGAGCAACUUGCGGUUGCGCCGCCAAGGGUCGGAGUGCAAGAUCGAGCUGCCGCUGAACCACUGUCUCACGACGCCGUCCGACACCGCGCGCCACGUGCGGCGCAGCCUUCAACCCGCGGAGUAUAGUAACCCGUUCAUCCACCUUGUGCUGCUGAUGCUAGGCCAGGACCCGUUCACACGCCCGACCCUCCGCGGAUUGGACCGGAUGUUACACGACAUCUUCCGCCACAAGCCGAUUCUCCGUUUCCCCUUCGCUAUCGGGCCAUUCGACUUGCUGCGGCUACCGAACCCAGAGAGCGUCAUAAUAAAUGACUUGGAUCGGAACUACGUCAUCAGCUCUUACUGUAUACUGUGCAAGAAGAAGCGCAACAAGGGCGUAUGCAGGAGCGGUGAGCACAUGCUUGCCGCCUGCACACCACUGUGGGCGACGGAUGAACUCUUGCCAGGGUACCCGGUCACUGGUAGGAAGCAGAUGACAUACCUCUUCCCCCUUGCGGGGAACCUGGAUGAUAAGGAGAAGCGCCGCCAUAUUGAGGCCGCACUGUGGGGUGAGGAGGUCGACACGAAUGCCCUCCUGCAGCUGCUCGGUGGCUUUGCGGUCACGCAAGUGAGCAGACCGACGAGCAUCGUCACCUGCGAGGUGCUGCUUCCGCUUCCACAGAAGGUCCUGCGCAAGAAGGAGACGUGUAACAUCACGACACAGCUAAGUUUCACGGCGGCAUUGUCGUGGCCGUCGCAGUGCACAGAGCAGCUCCAGCGAGAGGGGCGUAUCCAGCGGGCCGUGCCAGCGCUCUUCGGCGUUCGAAACGUGCGGUGGUAUUCGUGGAUUCUGCCCGGGGAGAGCCUCACGUUGAACGGCAGGUCGUGGGUGCCGGCUCCAGACGGUGCCUUUGUUUUCUGGUUCAACGAAAAUCUUGACCCAUCGGAGUUUGACCGCUACUUCCUUGUGUGUGGCGUGCAGUCACUCACAUUGCAGGCGAAGGUGGCGUGCAACGUGCUCCCUGACCGCUCCUUCAACGGCGACACCAGCGACGGCGACCCGCUGUACAACAGCCACUCCGACAUUGCAUCGCUGAACCUCACGAACGAGGAGCGCGAGAACCGCAGCCGGCUCCAACGCCCCGCGAAUCGCAACGCGGCCAAACGCCGCAACGCAAAUGUCUCCGAUGUGAGCAUUCCCAACGCAGUGGAACUGCGCGACGCGGCGGGGGACGACAAACCGGUGCGGCGCCGCGGCUCGAAUGCAGACAGCCAGACAUCCAAAAACACCACAGCACCGCUGACGGCCUCGCCGUCGCGCAAACGCCGGGCACCCAAGAAGGGCAAUCCUGUUCGGAUGGAUUAUGUAGCGGACGUCAGUCCCCAAAAACUUCAGGAAUGCCCGACGAACGCGCCAAAGUUACCGUCACAACUACCGCCGAUUAUGUCUUCCACCAUUGCGCCGGGUGAAGAAAACCUUGAAUUACAGCAACAGUUCUAUGACAAGAACAUGCAGAUCAAUCGCAAACUCUCAGAAAUGGUAGAAGAUCGACGCAGUAGCCUUGUCGUCGACGCGAAAAAUAAGCAGAAGCAACCCCCGAGCCAAGUUCCAAGGAAAGACAACGACAGCACCCUCACACCACCGGAGAAGAUGCCAUCAACGCUUGCUGUUCCCAUCCCUGAGGUGGAAACGACGAUGCCGCCACAGAGCCAGCCGGAGGACAGUCGUCUGGCCUCAACGCGGCUCGCGGUGAAGGUCUUUGGUCGCUGGUACCCGCCGCGGUGGGUGGACGCCGCCUUCCAGUCGCUUACCUUCUGCAUCCCCGAUACUGGCGAGCACGGUCGCCUCUCUGUUCCCGUAAAAGUGACGGAGUCGCUGCGCCUUGCUACGCACGCGACGGAGGAGGCGUUCGCCAUGGCGUUCUGCGCGAAUGCCGUCCCAUUAAUGCAGCGCAACCACCCGCAUUGCGCCCUCGCUCUUCCGCCGCGUGAGGCAACAAGCAUCAUUCCUCACCAUGCGCUGGUGUUCUAUGACAAGAAACGCGAGGUGGUUGGACUUCUCGGUCUGCGCUUUGCCAUCAGAAGCUACCCGAACAUUGUGCUCGGUGAGUUCCCCCUCAGCUUCAAGACGCUUCCACCGCUCCCCACAACAGCGACACUCGCGAGCCAACUGGGUGCGAUGUACUUCUCAGGUAACGCGGUGAUUGAGGACAGCCCGUGGUCUGUCAAGGGGUUGUGCGAGAGGGAUGGUGAGGGGUUGCGUCACUCACUAGAGGCCACGUCUAAUAAGACAUUUGGGGACUCUGCGUCCACUUCGCAGCCCCUCACCAUCUCCGGGAUGGGACUGACGUGCGUUGGUGACCCACGGCCGCAGUCGAUUAAGAGCGACGACGAUGCUCUCCCUGCCUGCUGGUUAGGGUUCGAUCCUGCCACACAAAUGCUCAUGUUGGCGGAUGUGCAUCAGGAGUUGUGGCACCCGUUGUAUUUCACUCCGAAUUGA